UGCAACGUCUGUGAUGUUAUGAUCAUUUUGGAAAAUUUUUAUUUUUUUGAACAAAUUGUCGACAUUAAAUUAUAAAAUGAUUUCGAAACUUUUACGGUCCGGUAUCAAGUCUCAUCCACGUAUAUUAGUGUACAAGAAACAUGUAAUGAGUCCACAAAUGGUGUGCAUACGCCCAAUUUUCGGAUUGAUACCACCAAAUCAAUAUGAUAUGCCGAUGUCUAAGAAGUUUAAUCUGGGUUAUGUGAUGAAAGUGCAUUGGGAAAUAGUACCUUUGCUUAUUACUACAGCUUUCGCUCUAGGCGUUGUCUUCAUGGCGAUAGUUUGGGCUUGUAACAACAAGGUGGACGUCGUGUUCACAUCUCGAAGCCGCGAAAACAUCUCGCGCACUAUGGAUCUUCGUAACCCAUCUGUACACAAAAUGCUCAUCAUCAACCAACGGUAUGAACCCUGGAAUGAAAUGCAGGAUGUUCUAGACAAGAUGGUCACUGCUGAAAAGAGGGCGCUGGUGCGCACGCAGUCCUGUAGUCACGCCUAAAUUAAUGAAAUUACAGGAUAGGAUAUGACACCAAGAUGUCAUGUCCUAUCCUGUAAUUUCAUCCUCGAAUCUCAUCAUCUCUCAUCCUCUCGAAUGGCAACGCAUGAGUGGUAUCACGGAUGUCACAUGAUAACGUGAUGUCCAUAGUGCUGUUCAUGUCUUUAUACAUGGUUACCGUUUACCAUGAGGCGGGCAGUAAGCUUAUUUGCCAUUUCAAUUUGAUAAAAAUUUUGAAGUUUCAUGAAUCUUAAUAAUGUGAUAAUGUUAUGGUGAGUUUGUAAUCAUUAAUAUGUUAUUUAUUACAGCAUUUUUGUAUUUGUAAUAUAUAAAUCUGUUCUGGUAAUUGUUUUU